UAUUGUAUUAUUUGUUUUUUCUCUAAAUUUUGCCAAUGUUUGAUUAGUUCUGUUCAAUGAUUAGAUUGAAAAUAAAGCAUUAUUAAUUUAUUAUUAAUGCUAUUAUUUUUGCAUUUAUGACAGAACUUAGAAGCAUUUUCUUUCCCUUCUGUAGCUCGAUGUACUAUGCAUAUCUCCUACUGUUUAUCUCUUAAUCUUUGUGAUUUUCAGUUAUUUCAAUUUCAUUGAGGUUUGAGUUUUCUCGACUUACUAACUUGAUCUCGAUGUUAGGAGUCGAAUGAGCUGGAAAGUGGUCCGUAUGCACUAACUAUUAGGCCUUUCAGGUCUCCAUUGUUUAAAUGGAUGGAUACCAUCUUUGAAGCAUAGAAGGCAUUUCAGAUAAUAAUACGGGGAUAUCAGAGGACUACAACAGAUUACAAUAUUAAUUUGGUUUGUAAUUUUGGCUGCAAAUCAAGAUUAUGAAUCGUACAAGGGUUGACGCUUUAAGACACUGUGAAUCUCCAAAAUUUGUGCCACAUGGUUUUACUUCUUGCCCUAUGUCAUUUCAUGGUUCAUCUGAUACUGAACCAGUCAGUCAGAUUUCAUCCAUAGACAAAUUCUCAUCUCCACGUAUGGCUUUGAACAUCGAACCUGAAAUCUUUGAUGAACCCUUACCGCCCCAAUUUCGUAAUGAAUCUAGUUCACAGCAAGGAUCUACAAAUGAGCUUUGGAACCCAAGUCCCUAUAUUGAAACCACAAAUCCUGGUUCUUCUUUCUCUCAUUCUGAAAGUUCCAGGCACAUGUUAUCUCAAUCUUCAUCUUUUUGUACCAGUUUACAUGUUUCAUCUUCAUCAGUUCCUGAGAAUAACCGGCACCUUGCUAACCUCCCCUUCCUCCCUGAUCCUCUGAAAGGAAAAUUGCCUGCUUCUAAAGCUAGCUCUUUGAACUCUUUUUUGUCUAUAAGUGAAGAUCUGAAAACUGAAAGCAAAGAGCAUGACACUUCAGAGAACCUAAUACAGGACUUAUUUAAUUUGUCUGGAAAUGCAUCGGAUACCGGCUUAUGCUCUGAGAAUUAUCCAAAUGAUGACAUGAUUGUGACAGAGCAGUUUGAUUGGCAAAUUAUAUCGGAUCAUCUUGACUUAGCUAUCACUGAUAUUGGGGAAAAUCCUGGAUUGGAUGACAUUUAUGGGGCACCUCAAAUUUCAUCUGUGAGCACAAGCGGAUUAGAAUGCAGCCCCAAACACCAUCAGUCAUUGCAUACUGAAGCUACCCAGAGUUAUUCUGCCCCCUCCCCUUCUGGAACUUCAACUGGAAAUAAGCCAAGACUGAGAUGGACUCCUGAGCUUCAUGAGUGUUUUGUAGAAGCUGUCAACAGGCUUGAUGGAGCUGAAAAAGCAACACCAAAGGGUAUACUGAAGCUUAUGAAUGUUGAAGGCUUGACAAUCUAUCAUGUGAAGAGCCACUUGCAGAAAUACCGUAUCGCCAAGUACUUGCCUGAAGUAAAAGAAGAUAAAAAGAAUUCCGAAUUUGAAGAGAAGCAGCAGCCCUCAACUGAUGGUGAAAGUAGGAUUGACAUUAAGAUGGGCAUGAAGGUCACAGAGGCUUUACGGUUACAGAUGGAGGUUCAAAAGCAGCUUCAUGAACAGCUUGAGAUACAAAGGGCCCUUCAGCUGAGGAUUGAGGAGCAUGCACGGCAAUUGCAAAAGAUGCUAGAAGAACAAACAAAAGCUGGGUACAAUUUGAUGGGUGGGCAUAGCUCCACUGCACCAUCUACAUCAGCCCGAGAGGCUGGUUCUCCUCUCUCAACAAGCCAUGUUGAGCCAAUGGCUACUACUGCUAACAGCGGAGGUACCGAUUCUGAAACUGAAUCAAAAGCAUCGGAGAGUAGGAAACGGGCUCGGGUUGAGGCUGGUUCAGAAGAAAUUUGUAAUGAAUAGCAGGUUUGUUUUCAUGGCUUCUCUCAUCCAUGUGGUUGGUGCUGCACACUUAAAUGUGAGCUGGCAUCAAGUGAAAUAGCUUCCUAUCUUCAUGGUUGAGAAAUGUAUGUUAGGAGGUUGCUACAUUGAUGAGUUUGUCAAUGUUGCGCGGUCGUUUUCUCUCUCAUUUUUGCAAUUCAUUCGUGGAGGACAAAAGCUGCUAGGGAUUGUACAAAAGUGUUUGUUGCCAUUGCUCGCAUAAUUCUGUGAUUUCAUGUGGCUUGUUAAUUCAUUUAAUCGAAAUGACCAAAUUUUCUCUCUCUCCAA